AUGUUUCUAGUGUUUAGAAUCGUGAUAUUUCUUCUCUCGCUUGUUGUGGCUAUCUUAUCAGCAUUUGCACUUGCCGGUUCUUAUGAAAAAGCUUCGUAUCUAACACCCGCGUACUUGAUUGAUUUCCAUGUUAAGAAUAUCAACUUGAGCUUGCUAUUCGCCAUUGACACUCCUGACUCCAAAAAAGGUACCAAUAAACUUGAAUCAAAAAGAGAAAACUUUAUUGUGGAAGAGGAAGAAAAAAAACCUACCAAGCUGUAUAAUUUAGUUGAUCUUAAUGGUAGAGAUACUGCAACCACUACUUAUGGUAAUUCGUAUCUUUCUUCCUUUAUCAGUGUUAAAGCAGAAGCAAAUGGAGACGUCUCGUCUAUCACGUACGCCGUAUACGGUACCAAUGUUCAAACCUAUUCUUUAGUGACAAGCGUAUACACAGUCAGAGUUAAUAAUCCUGCAAUCAAUGCGGGUAACGACCCCUUUACUACAUACUCUGUUGCCACCAGUGUGUUCACAACCAGUACCAUGUAUGCUGUUGCAACUAGCACCUACACUGUAGGUUACAUUGCCUCGGGAACUAACACGGUAUCUACAUCCACCGGGGCUACUAACACCGUCUCAGGAACUAGUGCAACUUCUGUAUCACCAACAGCUGGUGCGGUGAAGCAAGCAAUGCGGCAGAUCUUGUCUCAGCCAGCUGUUAAUUAUGCUGCUUUAGGGUUUGCCGAUGUUUAUUCCAUAAGUUUCUGGGGUUAUUGUCGGGGAAUAAUCACCGGAGACGUCUCAAAAACUGCUUUUGAAAAUAACAAGGUCCAAUGGAUAUGGUGUUCCAAAUCACAAGCGGGAUACUCCUUUAGUCCAAUUAAAGUUAUCAAACAUGAGAUGCUCAACUCUUUGAACGGUCAAGUUGACGGUGAAGUUGCUCAUUCAGAUACAGUGUUCCUUUCGCAGCAAGAUCAGACAACUAAGGACAGUGCCAUUGAGGUAAUCAAUGGACUUACCUACGAUAACAUCAACUUACCAGGGAAUCUUGAAAGCAAUAUUAAAAGACUCAAUGGACUUAAUAAAGCCGCUUUUGGACUACUUUUACUAACGUGCUUAUGUGGAUGUAUAUCCGCACUUGUUCAGCUUCUUGGGAUGUUCCUUUCACCCGAAAGCUUUUUACUUUCACUUCUCAACUAUGCGUUUCAAUGUCUUAUUUUUGUGUUCGCUUUAGUCAGUGCUGCCAUGGUCACAGCCGUGUAUGUUUUUGUCAGGUCUCAGGUCAACGACAACACGAGUGUUUGGGGUGUCAAGUCGUUUCUCUCCAUCAACUUCUACGCUUAUGUGUGGGCUGUGGUGGCUGCAUCCCUUUUGAUUGUGGUGUUUAGUUUCUUGGGUCAUUGUUUGGGACUUUUUGGUACUGGAAGAAAGAGAUACAGAAGAGUCAGGACCGAGAAGGCAGUCGAAGAAGCAGUAGAGAAAGCCAUUGAGAGGGCAGAGGCUUAA